AUGUCGCCAGAACCGGAAAAGAGCAAGAAGGCUCCUCGGAAGCAUGUCACCACUGCAUGUGCACCCUGCCGGGAGAGCAAGAUCCGAUGCGACGGGUCGAUGCCACAUUGCCAGAAUUGCCAGCGCAAGGGCAAAGACUGUAAAUACCAUCAUGGCGAUGAUAAGCGAAAGGUAUCUCUUCGAGCUUCUACAGAGCUCUUUUCCGCCAGGAUUGAUCAGCUUUGUCAAUUUAUAUAUGACCAAGGAUUAUUGCCCCCAGCCAUGGACCCCGAGGACGAGGCAGGUAUCAAUAGGGUAUUGGAUACCCUACAAAUCCCACGUGGAGCUGCCAGAAUGACUAGCCUGUCUAUGGGCGAUCAAAACAUGACAAAGAAAACUGCUACCCCAGCAGACACGGGGCCGUCGCCUGUCCAGAGUCCACCAAUCAUCACCCCACCUGGCCAAGCUCAAGGAUCGGUCGAAGGAGCCCCUGCGAGCACAACCCCUUCGCAGGGUGGUGUUACUGGAAGCCAGCAAAAUGGAAUGCCACCCUCCGCAGAUCCUUGGAAUCCAUACGGAAUGGUUCGCGGUGCGCCUGACAACCAAAACUUUGUCCAUUGGGGUUUCACACUUCCCACGGCAGAAAGCUUGGAUACGAUUUAUGCCAAUCUGAACGGAGGAGCCGGGGCGAUGCCCAAUACAGGGCUAAGCCCGGACACCUUUCAAAUCGGCAUGGACAUGGCUCAGCAGCCUGGAGUUUUACUCGGCCAGGUAUCGAAUUACAACCAAGAUCACGAUUCCGACAGCGAUGAGGAGAACCCAGCUGAAAGUGACGUGAUCGAACAGCUGUCAAACCGAAUCGGGACUUUGAAGAUCGCCGGGGAUGGCCAUCUUCGAUUUUACGGUGCUACGUCCAAUCUCAACUUGGUGGAUGUUUCUGCAACGCAACAGCGGCAGCGACCCGAUGCACGAACCGUCCGUCACGAUGGGCAAGAUAUUCUCAACCAUCUCCGUGUUGGGCAGCCUGUUGAUCAGGCACUGGAAGACCAUCUGGUCGAACUAUUUUUCACUUGGCAGAAUCCUAGUAUCUGCGUGGUGGAUAAGGCGAUGUACAUGACUGCACGACUGAAAUGGCGUAACGAGUACGACGACACACCAUUCUAUUCAGAAGUCCUCACAAAUGCUAUGUGCGCAAUCGGAAGUGCUUUUGAAGCACGAUAUCACCCUACAUUCAUUACUUUCCCUAAAUCUCUGGCAGAAUUUUUUGCAGAUAGAGCCAAAGCCCUUUUGGAGAUUGAACUGGACACACCUUGUGUUGCGACCGUUCAGGCACUCGUUCUUUUGAGUUGCCAUGAAGGUGCAUCGAAUCGUGAUGCACGUGGCUGGCUUUAUAGUGGAAUGUCGAUGCGACUUGCAUUCGACCUUGGACUGCACUUAGAUAUGACUUCCUAUGUCAGCAAUGGUGACAUGAGCUCUCAUGAAGCCGAUGUGCGAAGGACGGCCUUCUGGGGGAGCUAUGUUGCGGAUCACUUUUGGGGAUUCUAUUUGGGCAGGCCCUUCCGUAUGAAUGCUGGGGAUAUCACUGUCCCCAAACCCGCUUCUACCAUUGGCGCUGAUAAAGAUGCGAUUUGGCGUCCAUACGGGAUUCCUAAUACCCCACAUUCUCUUGAGAAUGGCCUGAAAGACUCCACUGAGUUGAUUUGUCGCCAAUUCGUCGUACUUUGGGAGAUGAUCUCACCUGUUGGUCAUAUUUUAUACGGAUGCUCGGAUAUAUCGCGGCACGAUCUACAAAGAAUCACAUUUCAAGUCACGGAGGACCUUUUCUCAUGGAAGGCUAAUCUGCCUUCGACUUUGGAGCUUGAUCUCGAUGAUGAAAAUACCCCGAAGACCCCUCAUUUGUUGAUACUCCAUAUGCAAUACCAUCAAAUCGUCAUCUUCUUCCACCGCCCUUGGGUAUCCAAGAAUUAUAUCCAACCGCGCAGUCCCCGCCAAGGACCCGGAUAUCAUCAUGCUCGCAGAAUGUGUGUUGAGUCUGCAACGGCAAUUGCAAGACUUCUUCACAUCUACGAGAAGCACUACUCAUUCCGACGGAUGAACAAUCAAGUAGUGGCGAUGAUCUUCAGUGCAGCGCUGAUGUUGCUUUUCGUCACAGUAUCCAGCUCUCCGCUCAUGCCAAGCAAGCCCGGCGAAAUCAGCCAGCCGCACCCGCGUAAUGCGGAAAUGGUUGCGUAUCUGAACCUCUGCUUCCGAGCACUCGAUGAGCUGGGUCAAUCGUUCGAGAAUGCUAAGCGCACUCGCGAUUUUCUCGUGGCCCUGCAACGACGCUGGCAAGCACACAUGCGCCGGUCCGGACCGGCUUCUAAGCGACAGAUUAGCAGCGCAAAUCUGUCAUCUAUUGCAUCCCAGCAAGCUUCCUCUCACAAGUAUAAUCACGCUAGCCAAGCAUCAGACCCUUUGCGCAAGAAGUUUCGUCUUUCUCAGGUCGAGAAUUCUCAGGCUAAACAUCAUUCGACGGCUGCUCCACCUUCUGCUGUAAAUCCAACAUUCCAACCCUCACAACAAUUUCCGUCCCAGGAAGACUCGUCUUCCUAUGAUCCGCAACAACAGUCAUUUACUGUGCCAUCUUCGAACGAACUUGAUUGGAUUCGCAACUCUGAUCUCAACCUACUCGGAGAAACCCACGGGGUAAAUGGCGACAUGGAUACGAUGAAUGAUUUGACUGCGCCGCAGUUUUCAAAUGAUCCCGGCAUGCUUCCAGGCCUCGGGGAUCUCGAAGGCUGGUGGUCCCCCAGCGGUGGUAAUUCGGCUGGCUUGGGAGGACCGAACCUGUAG